AGUAUUUAGAGAAAAAUGUAUUCAAGAAAUUCAUUUGUUAAAUUCAUAUAAUUUAUGUAAUUUAGGAACAAGUGAAAGUACAAUCUGCUAUAAACAAUUGAAAUUAUAUUAUUACGUACAUGGUAUUUAGAAUAAAAUGAAUUCAAGAAAUUCACUUAUCAAAUUUAUAUAAUUUAUAUUUAUAUUAGAUUAAAAUAUACUUUGCAAAAGCAUACGCUUUAUGUACAGUUUUUCAUGGCUGGUGUUAGAGUCAUUAAUGCAUCCUUCAUAUUUUUUCGUUCAGUCUCAGUCUUAAGAGUGUUCCAUGCUUGUUCAAGCUUUUGUUGUUGGAAUUUUUUAAUAAAAAGAAAACAAUGUUUUAUUGUUGCACUCACAUAAAAUAUUUUUACAGAUACCAAACGCCCUGCAACAUCGUUAAUAGUUGGGAUGGCAUUUAACAAAAACUUGUGGGGACCAUGUCUACUUUUUACUAUUGCAAGUUUUGUGUGUGCAUUGCAAUAUUUUGCACUAAAUCCAGCUUUUAUCGCUGCAACUCCAAAAUCGCCGUACAAUUGUUGCACUUUCUGCUGAAUAGCAUUGUGCAAAGUUGUAACUUUUAAUUGCAUAGGUUUCUUGGAUUUAUCACCAACGGUUAUUUCACACACUAUAUAUGUAAUUAAGCAUUUCAUUUGUAACGUUACUUUUUCGGAACUGUACGUUUUGAUGCAGCAUACUUUCUGUUUUAUUGUUAGAUUCUUCAAAUCUAAUCUUAAGCAAUUUAUUUCAUAAAACUAAUUUAAUUGAUUAAUCAUUCUUUCGUUUUAUGCGUGAAAUAGAGUUAAAGAGUGAAAGAAACAUACAGCAAUAAGUUAUUGUAUUGCUAUUACUUCACUGUUUCUUAUUGCCACAGAAGUUAUCUCAGGGUCAUGUGAGAUUAAAAAAUAAGCCUAUGAUUACAGUUAAGCUUUACAGAUAAUGCCCACAUACUCUUAUUUGCAGCUCACAAUGAUUUUAGUUGACGCAAAACAUUCAAUUGAAUUCUCUUAGCGAAAACUUAAGGAAUACGUCCAAGGAAUAUAAACAUGGAUUACUUUGUGGGUGUUGAUGUAGGAACAGGAAGUGUCCGGGCUGCUCUAGUAUCUUCCAAGGGAAAGAUAGUGAAAAUGACAACUUGUCCACUUGAAAUUUUUCAUCCUGCCCCUAAUUUUUAUGAACAGUCAUCUGAUAACAUUUGGAGUGCAGUCUGCCAUGUAGUGAAGACUGUUGUAGCUGAUAUCUCUGCAGAUAAUGUAAAGGGCAUUGGUUUUGAUGCUACUUGUUCAUUAGUAGCAAUUGAUAAAACAGGAUCACCAGUCACAGUUAGUCCAACAGGUGAAGAUAAACAGAAUGUUAUAUUAUGGAUGGAUCACAGAGCACAGGAAGAAGCAGAUUUCAUAAAUGCACAAGGUCACGAAAUGCUUCAAUAUGUAGGUGGAAAAGUGUCAUUAGAAAUGCAAACACCUAAAAUGUUGUGGCUAAAAAAAAAUCUACUUUCAUCUUGGAAUCGUGCAGCACUGCUAUUUGAUCUACCUGAUUUUUUGACAUGGAAGGCUACAGAUUCUGAAUCAAGAUCUCUAUGCUCUUUAGUGUGUAAGUGGAAUUACAGUGCUGAUCCCGAUGGUAACAAUAAAUGGAACGAGGAAUUCUUUGAUCAAAUUCAGUUGAGAGAUCUUAAGAAGGAUAACUGGAGGAAAAUAGGUAAUGAUGUGAGGACUCCGGGCGACCCUGUCGACCAAGGAUUGUCGGCAAAAGCUGCAUCUGAGUUAGGACUCCAAAAAGGAACAGCUGUGGGAACAUCCCUCAUUGAUGCCCAUGCUGGAGGACUUGGUAUGAUAGGUUGUUCUAUACCUGGGGUGUUUCCUAAUUUACAAAGCAGAUUAGCAUUAAUUUGUGGCACUUCGACUUGCCAUAUGAUAGUUAAUGAGAAGAAACUUUUCGUCAGCGGCGUCUGGGGACCAUAUUUCAGUGCCAUGGUUCCGGGAUUGUGGUUGAGCGAAGGAGGACAAAGUGCAACUGGAAAGUUGCUCGAUCACAUAAUCGAUACCCAUCCCGCAACACCAGGGAUUUUGAAAAGCUUAAGCGGCAAUAAACACAUACAGCAAUAUUUGUCUGAAUUGUUGCAAACGAUGACUGAUCAGAAGGCUUUGAAAGACGUCUCGUAUUUAACGAAAGAUAUUCAUGUAUGGCCUGAUUUUCACGGAAAUCGAUCCCCUUUAGCUGAUCCAACCCUUAAAGGCAUGUAUGGUACAAGGUAUAUUUUGGAAACGUUGGAAGCUGCCGGUCAUAGAAUAGACACUUUGUUAAUUUGCGGCGGUUUGAGUCAGAAUCCGUUAUUUAUUCAAAUACAAGCGGAUGUGUUAGGUUUACCCGUGUUAUGCCCCGUCGAAAAGGAAUCAGUGCUAAUAGGCGCUGCAAUUCUAGGGUCUUACGCAGCUGGGAAAUUUAAUACAAUAUACGACGCCACACAAACAAUGGGAGGAUCUGCAAAUAUCAUCAAACCUAAAAACGAAUGCUACAAAUAUCAUCUUCAGAAAUAUCGAGUAUUUCGAAGAAUGGUACAAGAUCAGAAAGAUUACAAAGAAAUUAUGAGCGAAGAAUUUUUAUAACUGCUAUUACAAGCGUUACGUCUAUGACUAUUAACGCUACAUUAAUGGACGUGAAUAAAUAAAAAAAAAAAUUUUAGAAAAUUAUACAGAAUCUCACAAAUGAAUAAAGAAAAGCAAUGUGCUACUUCGUACACAAUUUUUUCACUAAUUAAAUAUAUUUUAUGUACGAGAUUAAUGAAACAUAUUUUUGUUAUCUAUCUUACUUUUUAUCUUUAUUUGUUGUAAAUAAAAAUAUACAUAAAAACA